AUGGGUCGUACCAACAAAGACCGCAACCAGAAGCUGUUCACACCAGCAAAGCUAGUCCCCCUACCACCUGUCAACCCUCCCGCGCUGUCAGAGCUUCCCAUCGAUCAGGAACAAUGCCGCAAAGCGCUCGACGCUCUUUUGGCUUUCCACGCUCGAAAACGUCAAUCUGGCGGGUCCAGUGACCUUCUCGAGACGGAAGAGAUACUCAGUCUCGUCAUAAGUCUCAAGAAGAUGACGCCGAGAGAUCGUCAUAUGCCCGUCAGGAUACCCCUUGCUGCCCCUCUCCUCGAUCCUCGCCAGUCGCCGGUAUGUCUGCUCGUGAAAGAUCCUCAGAGAGAGUACAAGGAUAUGCUGGAGGAGAAGAACAUCACCUUUAUCUCUCGUGUCGUCGGCGUCGAAAAGCUCAAAGGAAAAUUCAAACCCUUUGAGGCGAGGAGGCAGCUCAUGCGAGAGUACGAUCUCUUCUUGGCGGACGACCGCAUUGUGCCUAUGUUGCCGAAAUUGCUAGGCCGCAAUUGGCUAGAGGCAAAGAAGCAACCCAUCCCCGUCACGCUUUCGCGGACUCAGCUCAAGGCGGAGCUCGAAAGAGCGCUCUCCUCCACUUAUCUCUAUCUCAACCGGGGCAACUGCUUGAGUGUCAAAGUCGGUGGCAUACAGACACAUACGCCCGAUCAGCUCUUUGCCAACAUUCUCGCCAUCGUGCCCCAUCUCGCCGUCAGACUGCCCGAGGGAGGAUGGGAUAACAUCCAAGCUCUGCAUCUCAAGACGACGACGAGCGCCAGUCUGCCAAUCUGGACCAGCAGUCUGGCAGAUGACGAAACCUCGACGAGUAGAUUCGGCGGGGCAGCCUUGCCUGGGCCGCCCAAGCCACUCAAAGGCAAAGCGCUGGUCGCCGAAAAGGUCGCAGCGGCUGUAGCGAAACGAAGGGCAGAGGCGAAAGCGGCAACCGAUGCUGCUUCUCCCGUCGCGGCAGCAAAAGCAGCCAAGAAAGCGUCAAAGGCUAAAUCCAGCAUCUCUGCCAACGCGGGCGAGAUCAAGAAGACGGGCAAGCGCGUCAAGGCCUAA